GUGCAUACGAGGCGAUGGAGUGACGGAAUGCUCAAGGCCGAUGGAGAUUGCCCGAGGAUAGAAGAUACUCUGUUCGGAGAUGGAAGCACCAAUACACAACGAGCUGUCUACAUUCGACUCGACUAAGUUCGACAACUUCGAAGGCUCAGUCCACGACCCUAAAGAUGAAUCCACGUCCCUCACAAACACGCAGAGACCCAGUGAAAGCAGCCCGACAACAGAAGAGCAGCAAGGCUCUAGUUGGUCAUCUGGAUUGUUUUCUGGAUUCCAACGUUACCCACAUUACAUGGCGUUACAACUUGGUUGUUGUUGUUGUGUGAACGCGUAUGUCUAUUCCAAGACAGUCAAUGCAUACCAACAAAAAAAAAAUCUUUGUUUAGAAUCAGUAUGUUUCUUAGCAGCGUGCUGUACUUUAGCAUCAUGCGCACUAGGGGUUUCUCAGCGAUCGAAGUUACGAGUCAGAUACGGCAUGCAGCUGAACUCUUGUCAGGAUGUAGCAGUUCACUGCUGCUGCCAAUCCUGCGCGCUCAUCCAAGAGCUCGAUCACGUGAUGAGGAUGGAGAGCGACAAACUGCGAGGUCUCGAUGAGAAUUCCAAGGACAACAAUUGAAAACCUCCGAAAGUGGAGCGAGUGCGAAAAUACAAGUGUAGUCUAGUAUAAACGAAAAGAAAAAAAUGGUUGUUGCG